UGGAUGUACCUAAGUUAAAAUAGUAAAGCGGACAAAACUCAAACUUUAGCGAAGUCAUUUCUUUCAGUUCCCGAUCAUCUGUUUGGUAAAGUUGGGUUUUGUUGCUGAUAAUGUCUUCGCAGUUCAACAGAGGCCCGGCAUACGGGUUUUCAGCGGAAGUGAAAAGCAAGAUCGCACAGAAGUAUGACCCACAGAGAGAGGAAGAAUUAAGAAUCUGGAUUGAGAAUACUACUGGGCGAUCGAUUGGAGAUGACUUCCAGAAAGGAUUAAAAAAUGGUGUGAUUCUCUGCGAGCUCAUAAACAAACUUCAGCCAGGCUCUGUGAAGAAGAUUAACCAGUCCUCCCAAAACUGGCAUCAGCUAGAAAACCUGACCAACUUCAUUAAGGCGAUCACCACCUAUGGCCUUAAGCCUCAUGAUAUCUUUGAGGCCAAUGAUCUGUUUGAGAAUGGAAAUAUGACACAAGUUCAGACCACCCUCCUGGCACUCGCUGGCAUGGCUAAAACCAAGGGCAUUCAUUCAAGUGUGGACAUAGGGGUGAAAUAUGCCGAAAGACAGGAGAGGGCAUUUGAUGAUGAGAAAAUGAAGGCCGGGCAAUGUGUCAUCGGACUACAGAUGGGAACAAAUAAAUGUGCAAGUCAGGCUGGAAUGAACGCCUAUGGCACUCGAAGACAUCUGUAUGAUCCUAAGUCACACAUUCUGCCACCAAUGGACCAUUCAACCAUCAGUCUGCAGAUGGGCACCAAUAAGGGCGCUAGUCAAGCUGGUAUGACAGCUCCAGGCACUCGCCGUGCCAUCUACGACCAGAAAACUGGCACAGACAAGUGUGACAACUCCACCAUGUCUCUGCAAAUGGGAUACUCUCAAGGUGCCAACCAGAGCGGGCAAAACUUCGGUCUUGGCCGCCAGAUCUACGAUGCCAAAUACUGUCCUAAAGGUGGAGCUGUCGCAGCUGAAGAAGGAAACGAUGGUCAGUACACAGAUUUCCAAGACGAGGGUUACCAGGGCUAUCAGGAUGACGGCCAAGAUUACUAAAUCCAAACGAGUCUGAAUAAAAAAAGCUAAAGGGAAGUUGAUACUUCCUCGAAAACAAAAAGACCCAAAACAUGCCAAUACAUCACAGUAAGCGUGCAAUCUGCCCGAUAGUGAUGACAGUGACCAAUAUAAAACAUAUCACUUAUGUUAUAAAUAUAGCGUCGUUUUAAAUUUUUAUAAACAAUAUGUUUUGUUGACCUGAAACCAUAGCCACAAAACAUCAGUGUAGUGUUAUCAGUGUAUUGAUAGUGCUUGUAUUUUUAUAUGGUUCAAGUGACAUUCAUUUUAUUGCACAACCACUAUAAUAAUAUUUAGUAUUUGCGUAGUUGUUCAUAGUGUUUUUUUUAUUAGUUUUGAAUGCUGAAACACAAGUGUGACGGGGGUUAUUGUGAAGUUUCAUUUUCAUAAUCCCAAACGAUGAAUUGUAUUUUAUUUCCUGCUCCAAUCAAACUGUUGUGAAGAAAAUAGCUGUUGAGUAAGUAAGUGAGCCUGAUUUUGUACUGAUUACAAUACAGAACAUGCUCAGGGGUUUAAAAAUCACUCUUUUUUUGUCGCUUGAGCAUGUGAAGGUGAUUUUUGCUGUUACAAUUGAAAGAUGCAAAGUUAAAAUAGUGAGGUUUUCCAUGUAGAGUUGUUCGUCGUGUUAAUUUAAGAGCUUAUUUCCCCGGUCGUAUUUUGUUUUCGUGUUUUUAGGCUGGAAAGUGAGAGCACAUUCUUGACAUGCACAAAAAGGAACGACUUCUCUAUCAUUUCAGCAGCAUUUCUGCUUUCGCCAUUCUAAACAUUACACUUCCUCGCUUAGUGUGGGGAGAUGAAUGCGGUUUGUGUUUUUAUAAUACACUUUAGCGUCUGACGUGCCGUCUGUAAGGAGUCUUAAGGAGUUCAUCUUUGUAUUAGUGUUUCAUUUCUCAUUGAAUAUUUUAGCGCUUGCAGAGCCAGAUGAACUGGAGCGUGUCUUGUUUUCGUUGGAUCUUAGUAUUUUGAAAGGAAAUUGAAGUAUAUCAUUGUGAGCCUUGAACAUUCCAAAUUAGGAACUGGAUUCACUUCUUUCAUUCCACAGUAUUUUAUUCUCAUUCCAAAAUACGCUUUGUACUAGACAUCGGAGAUUUGAGGUCUGCUCAGAUAAAUCACUUACAUGAUGGAUGUGUUUGUGUGUUUUUCUUGUAUUUUUUUGAUGAAAUAUGAUGGUUGGACAGUGAAGACUGGGUUUAUAAUAAAUGAUUAUGAACAGGAA